AUGGGUGUAUGCUGUUCCAAAUAAAGAGAGAGAGAAGAUGGGAUAAGAGAGUAGAUUGCAUAGACUGUAGUGGAAUAGUAAAAGAUAAAAGAAGAAGAGGAAUAAGAACAGAAUCAAUUUCAGUGUUACUCAUCAGGCAGAAAAUCUUAAACUUAUCAAUUUAAUCAAGUUGACAUCUGCAACUUAGUUACUCAGGCUGGAAAUGAAGAUGCUCCAGUGGAUAUGGAGUAAAUAAAAUCAGAGAGAGUCAAAAAGAAAAAGCAGGAGCAUCAAAAGGAUGACGCAAAUUAUUUAAGAAAAAUGGACCAUGUAUUGUCUGUAAAGUCGAUUGUAGUCUAAUUAUAAUAAGAAGGAGAUAUGAAAUAUUACAAGAUCUCAAUGCAUAUAAACUAUAAGGACCUCCUUUACAAUGUGAAUUUAAAUGGUGCUCUAACAACAGAACUAGGCUUUAAAUAUUUCACAUUAAACCCCAAGAAAUUUGAAGAGGCUUCUAAGUAUUCAAGGUUUCUCACUUUCUUUUCAAAUGACAACUAUUUUAAUGUAGACAAGGAAUGUACAAAUAAUUUUAAUUCGUUUGAUAAAUUGUUAAAUGUCGAGAGAAGUUUACAAGAAGUUUAAGCGAAUUUGUAAAAAGCGUAAAGGAAGUAGACAACUAUUGGUUUGCAAGAAAAGAAGGCUUAAACUUGUUUAGUUAAUUAAACCAAUUAAGAAAUGCUCGAAGUCAUAACAGUUGUAGAUGUAGAAUAACAGUCAAGAUUUUUGACAAUUCUCUUCCAUUUGCUAAUCUAAAAAUAUUUUAAAAAGCUAGAACUCUACUUAGUGUUUAUAACAAAUGCUACAUUCUUGUUUGAAAUCCUUCCUUAAUUUGAUUAACCAAAUGUAUACAGAUUGGCUUUGUUUUAUGAUAAAAUGGAUUAUUCAUUAAAAGAUCUACAAAAUCUGUGUCUUAAGAACCAAAUGGAAUUAUCUAAACUUUUGUAUUAAAAAUUGGCACUAAACCUUCUAGAGAUCUUUUAUUAAUGCUAUUCAAAUUAUUUAUAUAGACUCAAUUUCACAUUGUCAACAAUUUUUUAUGUUUCUAAAUUUAGGACUUUUAAGCUACAAACAUUUGGAAGAUUAAAAUAUUUAUUGAAGUUUGGAUACACUGGUGAUGAAGCCUUAAAAGAGUUGGAUGAGAAAAAAAUGAGAUUAUUUGAAAAAGCAUUUAAAAAAGAUCUGUUCGCUUUAUGUGAUCUAUUAGUCUACUUUAAAAAGAUAAAUAAAAUAGGCUUGAAAUAAAUCCAAAGUUAAAGGAAAAAGUACUUUUAGAGUAUCUCGAAGGGUGAAGAUCUAGCUGAUGAUAAUUAUUUAAUUUAUGUUGAUUAGAUCUUUUCAUCCUAAUCUGAUCGUUAUAUUUUAGAAUUCAUUCAUAUGGCCCUAUAUGCGAAUUAGGUUAAAUCAGUAGAUAAAACCUUGGAGGAUACUCAGCCAAUUAUUGAAUAACUAUAAAAAAUGAUUGCCGAUUAUGAAUCCAAUCUAGAAUUAGGAGUAAAAGGAAAGGAUCUCUAGCAUAAUACUGAUUUCUAAAAUUUAGAAAAUCCAUAAGAAACUGAAAAUAGAGAUAUCGGCUUAGAGGAUUCUGUAGAUUUAGAUAAUAACUAAAAAUAUUUGAAGUCUUUUUAAUUUGAAUUCAAUUCUGAAUAUGAAGAAUUAUCUAUUAAUAAAGAUAAAGUUACAAUUGCUUUAUUCAUCAUUGCUAUUUUAGGAUGA